AUGAGAUCCUCCAAGUCCAGUCUCCUGUUGCCUGUGGUGGUAUCGUUGCUGGCAUUCAAUGUACGGCCAGCUUCACCACAGAACCAUGUCAACGUGACGGAGGCGAAUGCACUUGCUCCGUGUGUGGUAAGUCACUGUCCUUCCCAAUCCGCGUGCUCAGGUUCCGACAGCUAACUUAUACCUUGCAGCAAUCCUGCUCCGCCAAUAUUCUCUCGGCCUACUCAUGUGAUCCCUCUCAGUCCUGCUUCUGUACGGACGACAGGCUCAACCAAGCAUUAGUAUCAUGUAUCAGGGCGAACUGUACCGCUGAACAAGGGAUCGAGGCGAAGCAGUAUCAGGCCGACACCUGCGACUAUCCCGUCCGGAGCCAUGUAUCCACGGGUGAGGCGACUCUCUGGGCACUCUUCUCCUUCGCCGUCUUAUUCACAAUCUUCCGGAUCGUGUCGAGAUGUCGAGCUUUCGGCGGUGCAGGGUAUUGGUGGGAUGACUGGACUUUAUUCUUGGCUCUGUUGCCAACGAUCGGAGUUACGGUCACUGGACACCUUGGAUACGAGAGCGGGAUUGGGAGGGAUUAUUGGGAAGUUGGCGUUGAUGGUAUCAUGAAAAGCUUAAAGGUGGGUUCAUCAAAGUGCAACGACUGCGAACAAGGGUUUUACUGACAGCCCGCAGCUACUCUACGCGGGCGAGCCACUCUACCUUGCAGUUGUGUACGUUACCAAGAUUUCGAUGGUACUGCUUUACCUUCGCAUCUUCUUGACCGACUCACGAGGAUUGCGAGGUACCUGCUGGAGCGCUAUCGCAGUUCUGAUCGUGGCUUUCGUUGCAUUUGCAUUUGCGACUAUCUUCCAAUGCACGCCGGUCAGCUAUACUUGGACUGCCUUGACGGUCAAUGCCGGACAAGGACACUGUACGGAUCGGCUAGCGCAGCUUUAUACCGCCGCGGCGUUCAACAUUUUCUUCGACGUGGUGGUACUUCUUUUACCUCUUCCCCACGUUAUCGGCCUUCGCAUCACCUGGUUGAAGAAAGUCGGUGUAAUGUGUGUGCUCUUGGUCGGAGUGGUGGUGAUUGCAUGCAGUAUCGUUCGCCUGCAAUAUCUGGUUCGAUACGGGAACGAGGAAAACGUCACCUGGAACUAUGCUUACAUCGCGUUAUGGAGCAUCAUCGAGGUCUACUUGAGCAUCAUUUGUGUCUGCAUGCCUGCAACGGCCGGUCUCGUGUACCGCGGAUGGAAGUUUGCCCACGGUCAAGAGGUUUCGACACCAAACAAGCGUGCUUCCUUCGGCAACCAGAGUGAAAAGCUUUUCGGAGGUGAGGCGCCGACUGGAGGAAGACUCCUCACCACUACCGCGCAAGUCCAGCGCCCGGCAGCGAAUGGCGCCGACCUGGAGUCGGGAAAUUCGUCUGAUGGGCAAAACGAGCCGGGUGGGUUCUACUUCGACGGCAAGUGGUUCAGUGAACGAAGGGGUGACGUCGAAUCAAAAGAUCAGUCCGAGCGAAGAGUGUCCAAGGAGCAUGAGCGCAAUGCAGCAGCCGCUGCAGCAGCGAUGGCGGCAUCUGAGAUGCCAUAUUCUGAGGCACCUCAAGAGGAUCUUCCUGUCAACCAGACCGACAUUGAGGAAAUCCAGGAGAAUCCGCCAGAGAUGAGCGAGAAAUCGCUCGACCCUGAAGCCGAGUACCUUGCAGCGUAUGCGCAUACCUCCGAUGCUCUACGUUCACAGCACAGGCGGGUCUCGAGUGCCAAGUCGGAGAAUCCGCUACGUUCCAACCCGGUGUCGCGAUCGCAGAGCAAAGACGGCAAGGAUGUGGGAAACAGAGAGCAUCCAACAGAUAUGAGCGAGAAACUGGGCGACCUCGAAGCCGCAGAUAUGAGUGAGAAAUCGGUCGACCCCGAAGCCGAGUACUACGCAGCGUAUGCGCAUACCUCGGACGCCCUACGCCCACAGCACAAGCGGGUCUCGAGUGCCAAGUCGGAGGAUCCGCUACGUUCCAAUCCUGUGUCCCGAUCGCAGAGUCAUGAUAGCAAGGAGUUCGGACUUUCGCCAGCCACUGUUCAACUUGGCGCUGAGGCGCUACAUUCUCAAGCCGUCUCACCAGCCACGACGACCCCAGAACCAGACGACAACAAGCUUAAAGCCGGCGCCACCCGAUCAGCAUCUUCCAGUCUAUUCUCAAGCAGACGACCUUCCGCCUCGUACAUGAGGUCGAGAAGUGCAUCCCGGCGUCCAGGCACUCCAGGUGCUGUGGAUGCUGGAAAUGGUCUGAAGCCAGCACGAUACGCUCAUUCGUAUGUCCUAUACAAUGAGCGUGAAAGGCCGAAGAUCUCUCCUCUGCAGCCGACGGACAAUCUUUCGGGCGAGGGCGACGCGAACCAGCAGCCCGACAAGUCUGACACCACCCGAUCUGCCUCAUCGAGUCUGUUCUCUGGUAAACGAGAAUCUCGACCGGCACCGACACCUGAGCAACAGUCACUGGCAGGAUCUAAAGGAGCGGACGGAGUUCCUCAACUCCGCACAGAGUCCGAACAGCAGCUUGCGGUCGAGGCUGCGAAGGCUUGCCUGGGUGUGCCCGAAAUUGAUCCGCGACGAUCUGCUUCCAGUGGCGGAGAGUCAUAUACAUCAGAAAGCUCGAACCCAGAUGCUUCACCUGCACCUCUACCUGCUUCCUCGAAUAAGCCUGCCGAUAGCGCUUCACUGCGCUCUGUCAGUACUACUCGAUCAAAUGUGAGCAGGGCUUCACAACGCCCUCGCAUCUUGACCAACGAUCAGAUCUCGUUGCGUUCGAUGACUUCCGGCUCUGCCCGAGAUAUGCAAGGUCCGUUGCCUUCCGAAGAUCAUUAUAGAACUCGUCCACUGCCAAGGCAUCCAGACCAGCCGAAGCAGUCGCUCGACUCUACAGCAACGCAAGGUAGAUCAUCUAGCUCGAUGGAUUCGUCAGUCUUGGCUGCCGUGGCCGGUAAGACUUCGAUGAACGCGAUGAGGACCCAGAGUAGUCAACGACUGCCCGAGGAUUCCGAAGCGUCUCAUCCAUUGCAAGACCAGACCUCUACUGAACCAUCAUCGGAAGAGCGAUACCGCAUUGAGACCGCCGACCGCCACGCAUCCAUGUUGAACAAUAUGGCUGCAAAGCAAGAAGUUCCACAGGACGAACCUUCCGAUCAUCGCGACAGCAACGACUCGGCUUACUCUUCGGGCAAUUCUCAUGAUGAAGCGUCAAACACUAAGCAGCAAGAUCAGAUGAAUGCUCAGUUCCCUCGUGCCUCGCCAUCGACUGCAGGCACUUACACCACUGCCGAUGAGGACCAUCCACUGUCGGCUAAUGACGGUUUCAUGCCCUACGAAGCGGGACAACAGGACAAGGAGAGCACCACGAUCAAGCCUACUGCUUUUGUAGUCGAGACACCUCGCCUUUCAUACGAGGUGCGUCGGUCGCUCAACGAUGUUACGAAUGACCAUCCCUCUGCGGAACAGAUUUCUGCUGUCACUCCCGCGGUAGGUUGGCGCCAUCAUGUUCUCGAGAACAACGGGUACUUCCCGAGUGAUGCCAAGGCGCCAACCGACGUGUCUACUGAUAACGACAGUCCUGUCUUCAAGCCUCAGCACGAACCUUUCAAUGCUGCCAUGGAGGCGGAGAGCGCUUGGAGGGACUUUGACCAAGGUAUUGCGACCAACGCUGAGGUUGCUACGAGUCCCGCGCCGAAACGACGAAUGGAGAUGCUUUUGCCUUCUCCACAGCAGCGCCGAGAAGAGCGGCUGGGUCAUGAGCAUGGCCAUCCUCAGGAUCAUGACGACAAUCAGGAUGGCUCUCAGCAAAACGACCGUCGGGACGAGCGCCAUCCGCGUGAGGACGUCCCGCCUAUGGAACGUGGAAUGUCGCUGUACCAGAAUCAGAAUGGUUUCCGCUGUGAAGCAGAUGCGAGCCUCGGACCGCGAAGCCGACUCGGCUUCGAUCCGGUCGUUGUGUCUCCAGACAACAGGUCUCAGAACCGCUCCAGUGGAGGUAGUGCCGAGAAAUGGGGUCCGGUCAGGCCAACAAUGAACACCUCCAAGAGCGAAUCUACCCUUCGUCCGACUAGCGAGAGCAAUCACGACCGCGAUUCUUCGCAUCUGGAAGAGGAAUAUCAGCGUAACGCUGCGGAGGGACGAGCCGCGCUCUUGGGCAAGGACAGUCGUCGCAGUGGCUACUAUGUCUAUGAUCCACCCUCUGCCGAGAUGGUCACCGCCGUCGCCGGUCCAUCCAACGAGUCUGGCAUUGAUGGUGGUGUAGCUCCCGGAACUAGCAGUGUGAAGUUGCGGCCUGUGACUCCUCCAACAACUGCGAAGUGGUAUCCUGUUCAGUCUCAACAGGUGACUCGUCAACGAUCAAAUACUUUCGAAAAGCUGUCAACACCCCUGCAUGAGACAAGACAGAAGGCUGCUGAGCGCGCUGAUCACCCGACUCCUCGCCCUAGCACAGCCGAUACAUCCACGACCGCUCAGACAGGUCGCUGGGAUCCGCGUCAGUCAGAGUCAGAUUAUGCAUUUGGUCGACAACCUUAUAGCCCAGCCGUCGAGAAGCGUCCUCCGUUCCACGAGCGGAGAACAGCACGCCAGGCUCCUCCUCGAUAUGACGACGAAGGACAGCGGGUCUCUCCUGUCGUGCAACAAGCCAAACAGACCGAAAUUGUCGUCAACCACGAAUCACCCACCGCCAUCGCCUUCAGCCGCGAAGAAAGUGAAGAUUCCACCUAUUCCUCCACUUCCAUUUCUUCGAUCUCUUCGGGCAAUGAGACUUCUCCAUCACCUCCUCCAGCUGUCCGUAACUCGGAUGGAUCAGCUACUACGCAAUCCAGCAGCGGCGCACGUGGUGUGAAGAAGAAGAAGAAUGGCAUCGCCGCUAAGCUUGCCAAGGAGAUGAUCCAGAGGAGUCGGGACGAAGAGGGAGACUAUGAAUUCGAGAGUUUGAGGAGGCCUAGUACUGCCGAUGGAAGCCCUGACGCGGAUGAGGCAAGUAAGAGUAACUUCUCUCCCACGGGUGAUGGGGGGAGGUUCUCGGAGAGGAGUCUAAGUCGACUGGGGAGUCGGGAUGGAUUCCGGAGUAGAGGAGAGGGUGUUGAGAUUCGACCCAGGCCCGGUAUCACGGGACGGGAACUGAGGUCAAGUUGGCAGGGAUAA